AGCGCAGGGCGCAGCCGAGCCCCGGGCGCCUCGACCACAGGUGCCCGCGGCCGGGGCCCCGACCGGACCCCCUCCAGGCCCCUAACCCCGACCCCGACCCAACCUGGCAUCCCGACCCGACCCCGACUACGGACCCCAGCCUGACUCCAGUCCAGGACCUCUACCCAGGCCUUGACUCCUGACACCGGACCCCGCCCGACUCCAGCCUAGAUCCCGACCCCGGACCCCGACCCGGGACCCCAACCAGGUCCCCGACCCCCGACCAGACCCCGAACCCAGAAUCCGAUCCCACCCGUGACCUCCGACCCCGACCCCGGACCCCUGACCUCGGACCCCGACCCUGACCCUCUGAUCUCUGACCCCCGACCCAACAUGACGGGGCUGGAGGAGGACCAGGAGUUCGACUUUGAUUUCCUCUUCGAGUUUAACCAGAGCGACGAGGGCGCCGCCGCGGCCACCGCAGAGCACUACAGUUACGUCACCUCCGGCAUCGGCUCUGGCCUGCCCCUCUCCUCCGCCCACCCCUCGCUGCCGGCCCCGUGCCACGACCUGCAGACCUCGGCCCCGGGCAUCUCCACCGCAGGCUACGGGGCUGCCCUGGAUGGCGGGCCCUCGAGCUACUUCCUCUCCUCCGGCGGAGUCAGACCCAACGGGGCCCCGGCCCUGGAGAGCCCUCGCAUUGAGAUCACCUCCUACCUGGGGCUGCACCACGGCAACGGCCAGUUCUUCCAUGACGUGGACGUGGAAGAUGUCCUUCCCGGCUCCAAGCGGUCCCCGUCCACGGCCACCCUGAACCUGCCCAACCUGGAGGCCUACCGCGACCCCUCGUGCCUGAGCCCGGCCAGCAGCCUGUCGUCCCGCAGCUGCAACUCCGAGGCCUCAUCCUACGAGUCCAGCUUCUCGUACCCGUACGCGUCCCCACAGACGUCCCCGUGGCAGUCCCCCUGCGUGUCCCCCAAGACCACAGACCCCGAGGAGGGCUUCCCCCGUGGCCUGGGGGCCUGCGGCCUGCUCGGGUCCCCGAGGCACUCGCCUUCCACGUCGCCGCGCACCAGCGUCACCGAGGAGAGCUGGCUGGGGGCCCGCACGUCCAGGCCCUCGUCCCCCUGCAACAAGCGGAAGUACGGCCUCAACGGCCGGCAGCUGUCCUGCUCCCCCCACCCCUCGCCCACGCCGUCCCCGCAAGGAUCGCCACGGGUCAGCGUCACCGAUGACACCUGGCUGGGCAACACCACGCAGUACACCAGCUCGGCCAUCGUGGCCGCCAUCAACGCCCUGAGCACCGACGGCAGCCUGGACCUGGGCGACGGCGUCCCCGUCAAGGCCCGCAAGACCACCCUGGACCACUCACCCUCAGUGGCGCUCAAGGUGGAGCCGGCCGGGGAGGACCUGGGGGCCACGCCGCCCACGUCUGAUUUCCCACCCGAGGAGUUCCCGUCCUUCCAGCACAUCCGCAAGGGCGCCUUCUGCGACCAGUACCUGUCGGUGCCGCAGCACCUGUACCCGUGGGCCCGGCCGCGGUCCCCGACGUCCUACACCAGCCCGUCUCUCCCUGCCCUCGACUGGCAGCUGCCGUCACACUCAGGACCGUACGAGCUGAGGAUCGAGGUGCAGCCCAAGUCUCACCACAGAGCUCAUUACGAGACGGAGGGGAGCCGGGGGGCCGUGAAGGCGUUGGCCGGAGGACACCCCAGUGUGCAGCUGCACGGCUACAUGGAGAGUGAGCCGCUCACCCUGCAGCUGUUCAUCGGGACAGCGGACGACCGGCUGCUGAGGCCCCACGCCUUCUACCAGGUGCACCGGAUCACAGGCAAGACCGUCUCCACCACCAGCCACGAGGCCAUCCUCUCCAACACCAAGGUCCUGGAAAUACCGCUGCUGCCGGAGAACAACAUGCGUGCAAUCAUUGACUGCGCCGGGAUCCUGAAGCUCAGAAACUCUGACAUCGAGCUCCGCAAGGGGGAGACGGACAUUGGGAGGAAGAACACGCGGGUGAGGCUGGUCUUCCGUGUCCACGUCCCGCAGCCCAACGGCCGGACGCUGUCGCUGCAGGUCGCCUCCAACCCCAUCGAGUGCUCCCAGCGCUCGGCCCAGGAGCUGCCCCUUGUGGAGAAGCAGAGCGCGGCCAGCGGCCCCGUCCUCGGCGGGAAGAGGAUGGUCCUGUCCGGCCACAACUUUCUGCAGGACUCCAAGGUCAUUUUCGUGGAGAAAGCACCAGACGGCCACCACAUCUGGGAGAUGGAGGCGAAAAUCGACGGAGCCCUGUGCAAGCCGAAUUCGCUGGUGGUCGAGAUCCCGGCUUUUCGCAACCAGAGGAUAACCAGCCCCGUCCAGGUCAACUUCUACGUGUGCAACGGGAAGAGGAAGCGGAGCCAGUAUCAGCACUUCACCUACCUGCCCGCCAACGUUCCAAUCAUAAAAACGGAGCCCAGUGAUGAUUACGAGCCUGCCCUCACCUGUGGACCAAUGAGCCAGGGCCUGAGCCCGCUCCCCAAGCCCUGCUACGGCCAGCCGCUCGCCCUGCCGCCCGACCCGGGCUCCUGCCUCGCGCCCGGCUUCCCGCCCCGUCCACAGAGCAGCGCCAGCCCCGAGCUCCACGACCUCUCCUGCGCCCCCUACGGCCCGGCCACGGCCGGCCCGGGCCACGGCCCCCUCGGACUUCCGCGGCCAGUUGGCGGGGUCCUCGCCGGCCAGGAGGCGCCGAGACCCGCGGGCGUGCCUCCCGGGCCCCCCCAGCCGCCGCCCCCCGCCCCGCUGCAGCCACAGGUGAGUCCGCCGUCAAGUGGUAGCUGCUCCCCGGGGCGCCGGCCAGCGCUCUGUCCCCACAGUCCCUCCUCUCCGCUGCCGCCCGGGACCCAAGAGCCGACCCGCCUGCAGCCCUGCGGCCCCGUGCGCCCCCCUGGGACGGGCCUCCAGCAGCACCAGCCGUCCGAGGUUCCGAGCAGCGAGCCUGCAGCCGCCCGGCCCCUGCCAGCGCCCGAGGUGCGUGAGGACAGUAAUCAUAGUCUGGCCCCCAUUCCCGUAACGGUCAAGCGAGAGCCUCAGGAGCUGGACCCGCUGGACCUGGACGACGUAAACGAGAUCAUACGGAACGACCUCUCCAGUGCCAGCAUCCACUCGUAGUCGGCAGUUUGGACUCUCAGAAGCUGCGUGGUGUUGAUUUGACGGUGACAACCGAGUCAACAGACUGAACUCGCACCUGGUACCACUCGGAACUUCCACCUUCGUGAAGGCUUAGAUCAUUCGUACAAAGAAGUAGCUCAAGGAAGGAAGGAAGGAAGGAGGAAGGUCAUCUCAAGAAGGAAACGCAGGCGGGUGGGUAGGGGGAGCACAGGAGACAGGCCGCGUGAUGCUCCCCUCGUGACCGCAGCCCGACGUGGCAGCCUGACCCCCAGCGUACCCUUCAGGCACCCCUGCGUUUCAUACUGGAAGUGCCUUAUUUAAGCAGACCGCAGCAGCAGGGCAUCAUGGAAUUGAGCAUUGAACUGGCUACCCGGAGAGUAUUUGUAGGAGCAAAAGCUGUAAAGACAUUUCGUCCUGAGGCUUUAUCCUAUGUAUAAAUUAAGAGAAUACUGGCGAGCCGGGCCUGGUGAGGAAAACCUAACGCGCUUCCUACUUCCUUCACCUUUUCCUGGGCUGUGCUAUACAAUCCUGUUGCCUUACUCGGAGCAUUUCAGAACUCUUCCCAGGUGUCAUCUCAGCUCUUUCAUGACUGCCUUCCCUCCCCUGUGUUACUCAAGCCUUAGGGCUAUUCAUUAUAGCAUGUUAGGAUUUUGUUUUUAAUCUGGCUUCGAACAUAGCACAGGUAAGUUGAAUAGCACAAGGUAGGUUACUGGACAAAAAAAGAAAUCUGUCCGUCUCGGGAUGGAUCUUGCAUUUGCAUGUGUGUACAUAUAUAGCCAUAUAUUUAUGUAUGAACAUAACGGAGGUGGUGACCCUCACUCUUCGCCCAGCAAGGGCGUCCAUGUCAGCAAUAACCAGUAUCCAUUCUGGAAAAUUCACCUGAGGCUCCAAAGCCAGCUUCCCAGCCAUUUCCGAGGGGGCGUCACCCAACCCCCGGGAGGUCUGUGUGUUGUCAUCUCCUGCAGUUAACCAAGCACUUUAGAAGCCGGGAGAGGUGCGUCCACAGUACCGUCUGUUACCAAAUGGCAAAAUUGGAAAGAAACUAUAAAUAAUGUUACAGAAGGAGUGUAAUAUAUUUGUUCAGCUGUAAGAUUAUUAUUUCACAGAAGCCUUAUAACUCUGCUUCAUCUAAGGAAACGAUAACCAAAAACAGCGUUUAAUAUGUGGUGACUGUAGUGUGUUUCCAGACUAGUUACUGUUACCAGAUAGGUUAGUGUGAGCUGUACUACUGCAUUUUGUACCCUUCACAGCUUAUUACGCGUUAUUGCUAGCAGUGACCUGUCGUUUCACGUAACCAAAAAGCAUGGUUUAACGAAACAUGUUUAACCUGAUAACUGUGCCUUAGGAACUCACGCCCCCCUCCUGGAACUCCGCAAAUCGAAUCGCACCCUCGGGGGAGGUGACAAGUCCCGUCACCAGAUUCGGCGUUUUGGUGGGGAAAGCACUCUCCCACAGAAAGAAUUAUUUUACAAAUGUUCUUCUGUACGAUCAUGUCUUACUUUUUUUUUAAGUCACAGAACCGAAAAUCUGAAAGCCAUAUUUGUAACAUUUGCACAUUACUGUGAAGAGCUGAAGAUAUAUGGCUUCGUGUACAUAUGACCCUGCCUUCCCGCCUGAGGCCCUGCCCUGCAUUUAGCCUCCUAGGAGUUGCAUGAGACAUUUCUCGGGAGACUGUCCUAUGGAAAGGAAGUGUUUGAUACUGUGUUAGCUCUCUUUGUAGUUAGAAAAUCGAUCCA